GCAGAGUAGAGAAAUCUACAACCCCAGUUCCAUCACACCCAAGUAGAACACACUGAGUAAUUCUGAUAGAUAGCGUCUGUGACUAUCAAGUAAAAAUGUCGAAGAUGAACAUAGACAUCACAGCAUCGGUGAAGCCAGAGUACCCAGUCUUAGAUCGGGACCCUCCGUUCACCAGAGUCGUCGGAAACUUCAACUCCCUCGACUACCUCCGCUUCGUCACCAUCACCGGCGUCUCCGUCACCGUCGGCUACCUCUCCGGGAUUAAGCCAGGGAUUAGGGGACCGUCGAUGGUGACCGGAGGCAUUAUCGGGUUAAUGGGUGGGUUCAUGUACGCUUACCAGAACUCGGCGGGUCGAAUCAUGGGCUUUUUCCCCAACGACGGCGAGGUAGCUCGUUACAAAAAGUGACACCAUUUUUUUGGGUUUUUCAACAAGUCGUUAAAUUUGUCACUCUUUUCAGACAAGUUUUAAUUUCUAAGUUUUUUUUGUUGUUCUUUUUAUUUUUCCCAUGAUGUUUUGUCCUGAUCGUAUGUUUCAAUGAAUAUAAUAAUUCUCAGACUAUUGUGUUGCAUUGUAUUGAGAAAACACCAAAGAAUUGGUAUUACCAAAGACCCUUUUGAUUUUGGCUU